AGCGUUGUGUCUCCCGAAACUAUUACGGAAGACCUGCCGUUAGAAUUGCGGAGAUACUAUGGACAAUUGGGUUAUAUGGGACUCAAGUUUCAAUUGGAUGAGUCCAGUCCCCAUGGCUUCGCUUGGUCUGACGCAUUCUUGGAGACUGUAGUGUCACAGAGUGCGAUUGCUUAUGAGAAGGCCAGUGUACUCUUCAACUACGGUGCGUGCCAGUCUGCUCUGGCGGGGGCUACUGCGCGAGGAGAACAACACACGCUCAAGGCGGUGUGUGCAUACCUCCAGAGUGCCGCUGGUUGCUUCAAAACUCUUGGCGAACAGUUUGGCAAUGCACCGACGUCGGACAUGGCACGGCCUAUACUCAAUGUCAUAACAUCCCUGAUGCUUGCUCAGGCCCAGGAGUUGGUACUAGAGCGCAGUGUUUUGGAUGGGGGAAAGUAUG